UAUAUUUGGAGGUUGUGCCAUGCCCCUUGCUGGGCGAGGUCUUCCCAACAAAUAUUAAAUAGUGAAUCUAAAGUAAACUUUCUGAACUGAUCAAAGAUUCUCUUUUAUUGUUCAUAUCUCGUACCCACUACUGCAGGCUGCGGCGCUUACCCAUUAUCAGGACCUUUAGGUAAACGAACCCCACCUCAUACCACGACCGACUAGAGACAGUUGACCACUAAGAGUGCAAAUACUUCUCAAGCAACAAAAUUAUACACAAUGCGAAUCAUCUUCGGUACCACCCUCCUCGGCACAGCCUACGCCCUCCCCUCCAUUCACAGCCUACACCAAGCCAUCCCCAACGCAACCUGGGGUUUUUCUCUAUACCAAAAUAAUCAUUGCACGGGAGAGAUAACACUCUUCUCAGGAAUCAGAGGCACACCAUGUCGCAAUGCGAUUCUCAAUGGCGGGGCAUUGUCCUACGUCCCAGACAAGAUCACAAGUUCCCACUGCAAGGUACAUCUCUUCAACGAUGGCCACUGCUCUGGUAACCGGACGGUUGGUGUCUUUAGGAAGGCUAUUAGACCGACCUGCCGAGUGUCAACGUGGGGAGGAAGGGAGACCCAGAUCAGGAGUUUCUAUGUAAAGUGUUGAGCUUUGUUUGGGUUUCUUCCAGAUGUUGUUUUUCCUGCUAUGCGGAUAAUGAUCUUUUACGAGUUAGUUAUUAUGGCAGGUCAGUAACGUGGUUGGAUUCUACAU